AUGAAUCCAGUUGUAUCUAGUGGUAAAGCUUGGUUUUGUACAAUAUUAUCCGCUUUUGGGGUGGUGAUACUAUCGGUAAUAGCACAUUUGUUUAACACAAAUCAUGAAUCCUUUGUGGGAUCUAUUAACGAUCCCGAGGACGGGCCAGCUGUUGCAAAGACGGUGUAUCUUGCUGCGUUAGUUUACUUGGUGUUCUUUGUGUUCUGUGGUUUCCAAGCCUACUUGAGCACCAGAAGAAGGUCAAUUAAAUUACGUUAG